UCAACUCGAUCCGAACUUGUCAAAACAGAAGCACCGGAUCCCAGAUCUGAAACGUAAAAAUCACUCGGAUGUGUCCUUUAUAUAAACUAAAUUAAUCGCUCUCCAACCCGCGUUGAAAGUUCGCAUUGCCGAAGCGAGCCUGCAAUUCUACUCACAGGCAUCUCCAUACAUUGGCUCAGAAGCACUGCGCCUUUUCCGCUCUCUCCAAGCAUUUGUUCUUUGGAUAACCCUUAUUUCGACAUCCACCUAGAUGAUACUGAUCAUAAUACCGUCUGCGUUCGAUCGCAUUAUCAGAGCAAGAGCCUCCGCUCCUGUAAUCAACCUUUGAGCGCUGUGGUGGGGUAAAUAGACUUCAAGAUGGGCAAUGUGAGCAGCAGGCCCGACGAGGGCGCUGCGCUCUACCUGAGGGAUCAGACUCGAUUAACCAUUUCCUCGCUGUCGGUUACCAAUUCUCGACGUAGAACUGUCCUGAAUGUCGUUCCAAAUGCGUUCCCCGCGACGAGAGUGUCUGCAACUCGAGAUCUUGGAGAUAACGCUGUGGUGGAAUUUGUCCAGGACCCUGAACCCUCGUCUUCUUCGACAUACCCGAAUUUCAUCCUCAAGCUCAACAAUGAUGACGAACUCACAUUCGGAUUUACUUUUGUAAUCAGACAGACACAACAGAUUAUUCCAGGGGCCAACGGUGCACAAGAUACAGCCGGCGGUCUAGUCGAUACCACUUUAAACGGGCUUACAUAUGUAUCCGCUUCGACGGCAAAAGAAGUCGAGACUCUUGUCACUCGAGAAUUCCACGCCGAUCCAAAUCUACACAAGAAUGCAAAUGUACAAUUAGUAGGGGAUUAUUCGACAGGUGGAAGUCAAUCAGUAUCGUUUGAAUGGUCCUGGAAAUGGCGGCCGCCGAAGCCUAGUGAAGAUAGGGGAGGCGGUUGGAGGAACAAUUGCAGCUUUGUUGAGUACGAUCAAAGAGCCCAUCGUUUGAACACUCUUGCCAGCUUUUCAUUCUGGGUUUCAAACCCACAGCAAUUUCUAAGCCAACCGAACUCUCCUUCUCCUAUUUUCAACCUUGUUCCUCCUCCGAAGAGCCGUAUACCUUCCUCGCAAUCCGUGGACUCUCGUUUGAGUGCUUCAGAUGCUCGCGAUUAUGAUGAACCUCCUUCUCCGAAUAUGUUGCCAAGCGAAGGACCAGUGGGCGUAGGACAGAUACCACAAAAGGAUCUCAUCAAGGUCGAUGUUUCGUGCCAGCGGCCUGGCGAAGAUAUGAGUGCUACAGAGGAUGGACCAUUGUUCCGAGCUACUAUGAAAGCCCUGGAGCAAAAGACUGGUAGUAUGCGGCAACGCAUGAAGAAGGUGCUGAAGAAGGCAGAGGCCGCACACGUGGCUCAAAUAGAGUGCAACGAUGCGAUCGCUGGAUUCAUGGACGCUCUCCGAGAAGCCUCAUCCUCGAACGCAAAUGCAGUACAGCCAGCCCUCGAACAUUACUUUGACAAGAUUGCUCGCGAAAUAUUGGCCUACGAGAAGCAGAACACUAUCAAUCUACAAAGAAUUAUUAUUGACCCUAUGACCAAGCUCUACCAACUGGAUAUCAAGCAGGCCGAGGCCAAGAAGCGGGAUUUCGAGGAGGAGAGCAAAGAUUAUUAUGCCUACGUCUCACGAUAUCUAGGCCAGAGACAAGAUUCUCUAAAGCAGAAGAAACGCGCAGAAAGCGACUCGAAGUACCAAUCCAAACGCCGUAACUUUGAGUUGAAGCGUUUCGACUACUCUUCUUUCAUGCAGGAUCUUCACGGCGGACGCAAAGAACAAGAAGUUCUGUCACAUUUGACGAAGUAUGCGGAUGCUCAGACAAGGAGCUAUUUAGCGACCGCUAAGAAGGUCGAGGAGAUGCUACCACAAUUGGAUGCCUUGAGUACCGAAGUUCAGGAAGCGGAUAAAGAAUUCCAGUAUCAGCGAACGGAGCGAGAAGAGAAGCGGCGGACUCUGGAGAAGAGCACUAUCACCUAUGUUGAACCUGAGACUGUUCCUGCAGUUGGGGUGCCUCCUUCGAGUUCAUAUUCUGCAGCCACGGGGACAACGUCCUAUAUCUCUGAUGGUGAGCUCGGUCGAGCAGAUAGCACUGCUUCGACACUUAGAGCUAUAAAUACGAAUGGAACGACUACGACUCCAUCGGCUAACGGGGGCGGAACUGAGUUCUCUAGAUCUCCUGGCAGUUUACAAUCAACUGUUGGAUCAGUCGGCAGUCCAGGUCCCAAUUCGAAAUUCAGGGGUAUUCGUGAUUUGGAAGAAAAAGAUCAUAGUCAAAUUUCAUCAAGCGAGAAAAAUGGCACCCAGCGGAAGGAAGGGCUUUUGUGGGCACUGAGCAGACCCGGUAGCCACGCCGAUCCAAGAGGUUUGAACAAGCAGGCAUGGCACAAAUUCUGGAUUGUGCUGGAUGCUGGUAAAGUGUCUGAGUAUAGUAAUUGGAAGCAACGACUCGACUUACAUAUGGAGCCCAUUGAUCUUCGCAUGGCCUCUGUCCGCGAAGCCCGGAAUGCAGAACGCCGGUUCUGUUUCGAGGUUAUUACACCGCAGUACAAACGAGUUUACCAGGCAACAUCUGAAGAAGACAUGAACAACUGGAUCUCUGCGAUCAAUAACGCUAUUCAGAGUGCGGUUGAGGGCAGAGACAUGCGGGACGUGCCUGCUCUAACCCGACACCAAGAACCACAUUCGAUCCGUAAAGAUAUUGGCUCGAUUUUAACUGGAAAGACGAGUCUUUCCUUGAACCAUGGGGGCAGCCAUAAUUCGAGUCAGACUAACGCGAAUAAUGUCUUCCGAAGGACAACGGUGGGCGCUAGACCUGCCUAUAAUCGGCAAAACAGCGCUGGAUUCGACGAGAGCCCCGACAAACUCCUCCAGCUGUUGCGAGACGCCGACCAAGGCAAUUGCUGGUGCGCAGAUUGUGGAUCUGGGAUCAAGACAGAAUGGGUGUCCAUCAAUCUCGCGAUCGUUCUUUGCAUCGAGUGCAGCGGCAUUCAUCGUUCUCUCGGUACACACAUUAGCAAGGUCCGGUCCCUCACCCUGGACAUCAACUCUUUCACGACAGACAUCGUCGAGCUUCUUCUUCUAGUCGGCAAUCGUGUAGCUAAUAUGGUCUGGGAAGCGAAGCUCGAUCAGAAGACCAAGCCGUCACCACAAGCAACCCGCGAAGAACGUUUGAAGUUCAUCACUGCCAAAUAUGUGGACCGAGCGUACGUCGAACCGAUAUCAACAACGCUAUCUCGGUAUGCUACAGCGGAUGAGACGCUUUUGGCUGCUAUCAAGAAGAAUGAGAUCCAACAAGUAAUCUACGCACUGGCGCUCAAGGCCAAUCCGAAUGUCCUCGAUAAAUCCAGGGGGACGCAUUCAGUGUUUUUAGCACUUGCGGCAGCGGACCCAGCAGCGCCUUCGCCGGUCGCCUCAACAACUCGAUCCGACUCGUCGGCUAAGGUGACAGCGUUCCCGAUUGCAGAACUGCUUGUCCAAAAUGGUGCUGAGAUUGCAUCCGCUUUGCCAGCGUUCCCACUGAGUCGAAGUGCUUCGUUGUAUAUUGAACAGAAAACUAGUCGAGGAGGGCCUUCUGGGGACACGCUGGGGGCUCUUCCCAUGAUGAAUUCAGGGGGGAGCCAACAAAAUCAGCGUGAGGCUCGGCUGCAGAAACGAGUCAGUGCUGGUGGACGUCUAGCAAAAGCUCCUAUCCCUGAGAAAUGAUGAGGUUAUGGAAUGCAUGGGUUUAUGAUUGAUGCAGUGACGGGAGAUACCAUGGGAAAACUAGCAUUCCGGCGUUUGGUUGUCUUUGUUUCUGGGUGCAUCGCUGAACGUACAGAUGGAUACUUGUUGUUGCAGAGAAGUGCCAUUGAUGGAGCAUGGCUCCAAGGGUUGGAAAUGAUAAUGUCGAUAAUAUUAAUAGAUCAAGGCAGGGCCAAUGAAAUGGGGCGCUGGCUUGGGAAAAUGGAAGACUUUGCGCUUGCUGCCUGUUGUUGGAGUUCAAGUCUGGU